AUGCGCUUCCGGGCCACGAGCACGCUGACUAGCCUCGGAAAGCGUGUGGCAGAGAAAAGCCGGCCCCAACCGGCCGGGGCUAAUGGCGGCGGCGCUAGCAGUUGCGGGCGGGGGACGGACCAUUCCUUGAAGGAGGGGGCGGUGUCCGAUCGCGACACUCGGAAAGGACCAUUCCGAAGCAUACAGGAAGAACAACCUGAAAUCUUCCAAAAAGCCAAGGACACAGAAUCCACAGACGAUAUGAGCUUUGUCCCCAUCGUCGAAGUCCCUCAUUCCGUGAAGAAUAUACUGAAUAAAAUUGACACAGCUCAGUUGGAAAGAGCAAAGAAGGACAUUUCCAAGAAGCUUCAUCACAUUCAGAACAAAGUGCAUCGGGCAUAUGAACACUACAAAAAGGAUGAUGGGUUUGAUCCAGUCCUAGAAAAGGAGUACCUCCACACAGCUACAUGGGAAGAGAAGAGCCGGCGGUCUAAUUUAUUGGAUGAAAUCGCUGAUUCACUGGAUCAGAGUGCUUUCAAAGAAAAGGAAUUACAGACGGUGCUGGAAUCAUUAAAAGCUUGGAGUGACAUGAUGAAAACAAUUGAACUUCAAGAAAAAGUCAUUAUCAGCGAAGACUGGAUUGAAGAGGCAGAAAAGAAGCUCCUGAAACACUUUCAUGCCGUCCAAAAAAACAUUUUGCAUCUGAUCAAGAUGUGUUACCCAAUCUUACAAGAGAGAGAGAGGAUGAGACGAAAGUCAGCUGUCAGAGUUGGCAUAUUUAAAGCCUGGAGAGACAAAGUGGCAGCGAAGCCUGACUUAGCAGAGCCCUUGACAGCAGCGCAGAUGGUAGAAGAUGAAGUCCUUACUUACGCUCGUACUAACGAAGUUACCGAAAUGAUACUGGAACUUGCCGAUCUUUCAUUCUUCAACAAAGGAGAGGUUAAUGCUAUCAGAUAUAUUGCAGCCUUGGUGGCAAACCUGACAAAAGCCUUUGGACUUCUCACUAGGCAGUGCCGCAGCCUAAAAAUCAAGUUGGAAGUGGGAGCAGAAGACAGAAGGCAAGACCCUAAAGUUACAAGCCUGCAGAGGGAAUUGCGAAUGAUCAUAGAGAAGAAGGCAGCAUUGGAACUCCAAAUCCACAACGCUGAAGAAAGAUGCAAGGUACUCCUCACCACCAAUGAAGCUAUGCAAAGGGAGCUGCAGAGUGCACAUGAGAGAGCACAGAUGAAAAAACCCUUCAGCAGGUCUUCUUUAAGCAAGGUUCCUGAAGAGAAAGCAAAGCCGGAAGCGGAUGAUCAAAAAGAUGUGAGCAAGACAAAACCUGUAAAACAACUUCAACCAUCAGCUAUGCCUGGUAUGGAAACGGAAGAACCUUCAAGCUUGGAGACGAGGAAGCUGAAAUAUGAGUCAGAAGAUGAAUCCUCAGUCAGUUCUCUGAGUCUUCCUGAAGAAGGAGGAGAACAACCCAUGGCCCCCAAACACCGCAAGCUAUCAAAGCAGCGCCUGGAACAAUUGAGAAAAGUCCAAGCAGCAUCGCAGGAUCAACAAAAGCAGCAAAGGAAGAGAGAAGGCUCAUCCAAGUAUCCCCAUCCCAAGGAGGAAAAGCUGUUUCACCUACCUGAAGUGGUUCUGUGGGUCCAGGAUGAGAAAAGUCAAGGAAAAGAGCUUCAACAGACUGAGACGCAGAGUUCACUGGAGUCAGAAUCAGAACAGGGGCAUUGUCUCCUGCGCCUACAAGAGCGGCUGGAGUGGGAAAAAGAGAGGCUGCAGGAGGAACAAUUGCGGCUGCAGGAGGAACGCCUGAGGCUGGACGAGGAAGUGCAAAGCCUGGAGCACUGGCAGCACUUAUUUGAGAUGCAGCAGGAACAGUGGGAACAGCAGCAGCACCAGCAGCAGGAGCAAGAGUGGCACUGGAAUGCCCAGCUUGAGCACUGGCAGCAGCUGAAGCAGGACCACGAAGCGCAGCAGCAAUACUGGUGGCUGCAGGAGAAGCAACACCAGGAGCGGCUGCACCAAAUGCAGGAGGAGCUGCAGAAAAUGCAACAGCAGUACGAGGAGCAACUCUUGCUACAGAAGGAGCAGACAGAAGAAAAGGGGCGCUGGGAGCAGUUGCAUGCCUGGCGCAAGGAGCAGCUGCAGGCCUGGCAGGAGGAGGAGGAGGAGCAGGAGAAGCAGCGAAGCCAGUGGGAACAGCAGCUGGCAGACCAUGAGAAGCAGCUCAGGGCCUGGCAGCAAGAAAAGGCAGUGCAGGAGGUGCAGUACAAGAACUGGCAGGAGGAGCAGCAGCAGCAGCUGCAAGAACAGGAGCGCCUCUGGAAGCAACGUUGUCAACAACUGCAGCAGCGUUGGCGGCAGCAGGUGCAACGGCAUCAGAUCCAGCAGAGCAAGCGACAGACCCAGCAGCAGAAGGUGCAGGAGAGGCAGAGGCAGAUACAGAAUGAAGAGAAGAUCCUGGCUCCCAAGCUCAAAAUGCUGAGGACCAGAGAUGAUGGUUUUCCUGCCCCUAGCAUCACUGAGAAGCGUUACUCACUAAAUGUGGAAGCUCAGAGGAAAAACCUGGAGCUGCUGGAAGAAGCUAACCAGAAGACUGGACUUGCCUCAGACGUGUAUAUCAAAGCCAAAGACAUAAUUACUCAAGUGUUACACAGCAAUGUGGAAAGGCUUGCCUUGCUCUUCCAGAAAUACAUCGCUUUCCGUCGCCUCCAGGCAAUCAGGCAAAUCUUAACUGCACAGUUAGAUGCUGCCAAAGAUGACAAGGAUGGUGCUAAAGUGCAAAAAUUGUACAGAUUUGUGGAGAGGUUGGAUGCUUACCAGGUAAAGGUUCUGGAGAACUGGAGAACUGGCCAGAGGGCUGUGGAGAAGAAGCGUCAGCACAACAUUGAAAAUAUGAUUGAUCUGUUUGCUCAGCUUCGCCUGAGCUACCAACUCCAGCUCAGCACCCCCUGCCCUCUGAUGACCAAAGCAGCAGGAAUCCCAAAGGAGACCCACCCCAUGCCUCACAUUGGACCUGUUUACAUGAGACCCAAAGUAUACCGAAGCCCCCUGUUUGCUGUGAAGAAACCUAUUGCAUUCUCAGCUAUCAUCAGGUACAGGUACCGGAAAUAG